CGCCUGACUCUGAAGAGAAGAGCCACGGAGCCGAUCCGCGGGCACCAUGAAAUCCCUUCAAGUGACCAUCCUUUGUCUUCUGCUCAGUCUUUAUAGCAGUAAAGAGGACACAGGUGUUAACAACACAAUCACUGGUGUAUUACUAUCAACUAGUGCAACAGAAAUAUCUGUAUCAACAGCAAGCAUAAUACCAAAUCCUGUUUUGGAAUCAACAUCGGGAGCAUCUCCUAAAGGAACAACAAAAAAGGAAUCCUUAAAUUCACCUUUGCUGCCCACACUUUCUUCAUUAACUACAACAAUUAAAGAUGAAGGAAAUCCAACCAAGGGUGUCAUGAAGAAUGAGUUCACCACUGCAAAUGUAACAGUGACAAAUCCUCCACUUUCCAACGCUGCUUCAACAUCACAGAGUUCCCAACGCAAGACUGAGAAUCAGAGUUCAAUCAAAACAACAAAAACACCAGUUAACAGUCUACAUCCAGAGACAUUACCUUCUAAUGCCAGUACAUUACCCUCAAUAUCAAUAACAACUCCAGAAAACAUCUCCCAGUUUCAAGGUACUGAGGAUGCAAAAAAUGCAAGCUCUUCUUCAGCCAGCCCCUCUUAUUCCAGUAUUAUUCUGCCAGUGGUUAUUGCUUUGAUUGUGGUGACCCUUUCAGCAUUUAUUCUUGUGGGUUUGUAUCGAAUGUGCUGGAAGACCGACCCAGGCACACCGGAAAAUGGAAAUGACCAACCUCAAUCCGAUAAAGAGAGUGUGAAGCUUCUCACUGUUAAGACAAUUUCUCAUGAGUCUGGUGAGCACUCUGCACAAGGAAAAACCAAGAACUGACAGCUUGACGAAUCCUCUCCACACCUGGGCAAUAAAUAUUCUGAACUUUUUCCCCCCACAGGCUUCAUCUUCAGCUUCUGUGCUCCAGGGGUAGCAAGGGAGAAAGCUUCGUGGACUCUUUCCUGAUGUCCAGUCCUGCUCUCCAGUCUGCCAGUCACCUGUCCCAAUAAAGUGAUGUCCAGAUGGCAUGCAAUAAUUUCAUAGAAUCCGAAGAAGCCCGGGCCUCCCCCGUCAUUUGUGACAUGAAAAGCACAUUACUACAUUUUAUAAGAACAUGCUUGGGAGUUUUAGGAAGGACCUUUGUGAGCAGCUAACCUGACAGCCAGGUAGGUGGGUUCCCUGAUGACAUGACUUUCCCUUGAGUUGAAAGUUUCCAGAGCCGACAGUUCCUAUCCGUGGAGACUUUCCUAUUUUCUUGGUGUUCUCAUAUUACCUAAUGUUUGUAUUUAUUGUUUUGUACUAUGUUAAUGCAGGGACAAUUUGCAAGUGUAUUAUUAAAUGUUAGGUAGAAAUCAUGCCAUGCCACUUUGUACAUAAAGGUAUUUUAUUCAUAUUUUCAUGUGUUACUUUUAAUAAAUAAUUACUAUAUUCAA